AUGCUGCGCAAGGAUGUGCAGAGCACGCUGUGGGAGAACUGGACCAAGGCGGAGGAGCACAAGAGCCUGAGUCCAGCGCCCUUCAUGGCACCAGCGGUUGCACAGCUACGAGCCAGGGACUUCCCGAAGCACGCCAAGAACGCAGCCAAGAAGGUGUUCGUGGGCGGGGCUUGGACGAUGGCAAGGCUAAGUCAAUGCAACAUAGUGCCGACGGACAUCUGCCUGGCGUGCGGCAAGGCGGUGGGGACCGAGCACCAAUGGUAUUACAAGUGUGAAGCGCUCAGGGACCAGAGGCUGCAGGCGCAAGCGGACUGGCAGCACAUCGCGGAGCAGCAGGACACGAACAUGUUGUGGACGAGAGGGCUGGUUCGGUCGCCAGAGGCGGCCUGGGCAUUCACAAGCAUAGGUGAGGAACAGUACUACGGGCAGGUCGCACAAGGAGACGAGGACUACUUCACAGGCGACAUAGUGUGUGAUGGCUCGAAAUUAGGAUACAGCGAUUGGGCGCACACGGGCUGGGCCGCUAUGUCGCUAGCAGAGGACGGCACAGCAAGGAUGCAGUUGUGGGGACCACUGCCGUGUAGGUUACCCAUCCACAGACGGGUAAAGAGAGCGGAGAUGUGGGCCUUCCUGAAGGUGCUGGAGAGGAUGAUGCCACCAGGAAGGAUCUACACGGACCAUAAGGGCAUCAUCGAGGGCCUGCAGAAGGGCGAGAGGUGGUGCACCAGCUGGAGGCGUCCGCACGCAGACAUCUGGAAGCGCAUAUGGCACAAGGUGGAGGACUUGGAUCUGGAUGUCAAUUGCGUCAAGCACGUGAAAGCGCACAGGUCCACGGCGAAGAUCGAGCAGUUGGAGGGCGACGACCUGAAGAUAGCGAAGGGUAAUGGAGAGGUGGGCCUGCUGGCCAAGGUGCGGGAUGCGGGCCGCGUCGAGAAGGAUGCGCAAGAAGUUGUGGCAGGCGGAGUGUGCAAGGCCGAAAUGGACGUCGACGGGUGCGAGCAGUGGUGCUGGAAGUUCGCUGGAGGAUGGUCGAGCAAAGACGACGCGAAGAGAAAGAAGCGAGACAGGAUCCUGGCAGGCAAGCACCGGCAGACAGGGAAGCCGCUGGAUCACAGCCUUGUGCUACCUGUGCAGCGAAGGUAG